AUGGCGACGUCGCCGCGGGGCUGCCGGCGACGUUGCCGAAAAAAGGGUCGGCAACGUCGCCGAAUCGCCGCCGACAGCACCCCGAGUUGGCCUAUCCGACCGCAUUUAUUUAUUGGAUUAGUUGUGAUUGGAAGUGCUUCUCGACUUCGAAAUUUUUCCGAAGUUUCUCUUGAAGUGUUCUUAAAAACUUUAGCAAUUUCAACUGCUUCUACUUAUGCGGCCACGUUUCUCUUACGAAAAUUUCUCAAAUAUUUUUACUUUUCAUACAAAGCUUAUUUAUUUGAAAAUCCAAAAAAGCCAUCAACCCGAACUAAACUAUGGGGAAUUCUUCAAAUGAUUUUACUGAAAUUGGCUCCUCCAAAAUUGAACAGUUGUGAUUAUCUUCUUCCAAAUCUACCACUUCCAACACUCAAAAAUACUGUUGACCAAUAUAUUGAAUCAAUGAAAUAUAUUUUAUCGGAGGUACUGUGAAAUCUUGUUUUCUUCCAAGUUUGUCCACUCAAAUUUUCUAGGAUGAAUAUUGUGAACUGGAACAAGACGCUAAGAAGUUUUUAUCGGAAGAAGGUAAAAUAUUACAAAGAUACGCCUGGAUCAUGCAUAAGUUCAAAGACAAUUAUGUCACAUCAUUUUGGGAAAAAUAUAUUUAUAAUGCUGGACGAUAUCCUCUUCUUAUAAAUAGUAGCGUGGCUCAAUGCACAACUUACGGAAAAAGUGAAUCACUUCAACCAUAUCAAAUUGCAAGAUUGAUUUAUAUUGAGGCAAUUGCCAACUUGGCAUUAGAUAGACAGCUUGGAUAUAAACCGGUAAAUAAUCCAAAAAUGAAAAUAAAUAAUUUUUUAUCAUUGUCAUUUUUCUCAAUAACUUGUUUUCAGAUUGGUGAUGGUUUGUUAUCAACUCGUCAUUAUAAAAACAUUUACAAUGGUGUCAGGCUACCGGGUGAAGAAUAUGACCAUUAUCAAUGGAACAAACCCUCACGACAUUUCAUGAUUGUUCAUCGAGGAACUUGGUAUAAAGUUUAUAUAUGUGAUGAGAAACGGAACAUCUAUACUGUUGAUCAACUUUCCAAGUGAGUUUACCAAACUUCAAACCUUUUUCAAAAUUUUGAUUUUUUUUAGAAUUGUAAAUGAAGUUAUGAGUCGAGAUGAUAAAGAAGUUGGAGUGUUGUCAAAAAUUGCUGCUUUGACAACAGACAGAAGAACUGAAUGGUAUCGAAACAGGGAAAAAUAUUUCUUGAAAAACUCAAAAAACAAGGAACUUCUCGAAACUAUUGAAACCUCAAUGUUUGUUGUUUCUGCUGAUGAUCAACUUAUUUGGAAUUCAGAAACUGCAGCAGAUUUAUCAGCAUAUAUGAAGGAUAUGAUGACUGGAGAUGGAAAGAAUCGAUGGGCAGAUAAAACAAUAAAUUAUGCAGUUGAUUCGACUGGAAGAGGUGGAGCAACUGUUGAACAUUCGCCAGCCGAUGGAGCAGAAUUGGAUCAUCUUUGUGAAAACUUUUUGUUUGCUGAUAAAUUUGCGAUGAAACUUCCAAGUAAAGAUGAGCAACUUCAAGCAAUGGAAUUGACAGCUGAUGAUAAACAAACUUUGAAACUGGCAGAGAAAUUAGAGUUCGAGAUGGUUGAAGGAUUAGAAAAUGAGAUAAAUAGAUGUUACGAUAAUCACAUGAAAGCUGUUGAUGAUUUUCAUAUUUCAUCAGUUGUAUUUAAAGAUUUUGGAAAAGGUCGAGUUAAAAAAUGUGGAAUUUCUCCUGAUGGAUUUGUUCAAAUGGCUCUGCAACUUGCAGCUUAUCGUGAAUUGGGAAGAUUUGUACUGACUUAUGAAUCCGGAUCUGUUCGAUUUUUUGCAAAUACUAGAACUGAAACUGUAAGACCUGUUACUAAAAAAUCGUGUGAUUUUGUGAAUUCGAUGAUUGAUCCAAAUGUUACGGUAAUACAAAAAAUUGAAUCUAAAAUAACAUUUCACAAGUUUUUGCAGCGUGAAACCCGUCGUGAUCUUCUUCGUCAAGCUUGUGAAUCCCACGUAGCAAAUUGUAAAAAUGUGAUGACUGGAAAUGGAAUUGAUAGACAUUUAUUUGUGUUAUGUGUACUUGCAAAAGGAUUUGGAUAUGAAAACAAAUUCUUGGAUCACUACAGUAAUCAAAAAUGGAUACUCAGCACAAGCAAUGUAAUUUAUGGUUACAAAAAAAUAUUCAAAUUGUAUUUUUCAGAUACCAAAUAUGACUAAUCAAAUAGAUGAAGACAGUGAUAUGCAUAAUAUAAUGCUCGGUGGAUCAUUUGGAGCUGUUGCUCAAGAUGGUUACGGAGUUUGUUAUCGAUUUGGAGGAAAUCAAACUAUUUUAGUUCACAUAACUUCAUAUCAUUCAUCAGAAAAAACAGAUUCGGAUAGAUUUAUGGGAUAUUUACGAGAAGCUUUUCACAGUUUGGCUGAUCUUUUUGAAACAGAACACUAG